AUGGAUAACUAACAAGCUUAAUCGUAGUUUAACUCCAAUUAAACAUUUGAAACCAAAUCCAAAGACACAUAAUCAUAGGGAGAUAUCUAAGAUUAGUUAUUUUAAUACAAUGAUAAAUAAAUGUCAUAGUCACUAAAUGGAUUCAUCAAUAAUAUCAAGGUCUCCAAAGAUACCAAGAUGAAAAAAAAGAACCAUUUAAAAAAUGAGCAAAGAGCUGAGCUAGAAGAUUAAAGAAGAGCAUAAUUAUAAAGUGCUAAUUAAUAAAAAUAAUAAAUUCCUAUAAAAUAAUAAUAAUUACCUGUAUAGUAAUAACAACCAAUUUAAAAACAACAAUAGCCAUAAGUUUUUUAACAAAAGCCAUAAUAACUUCAGAAGAAUAUUAUUAAUUUACCUUAAACUUCUUAUUAGUAAAAAUUGUAAGGGUAGAAAUUAGCCACAUUUGGAAUGAUUAACGGUUAUUCUCCUCAAAAUUAUAAUGAUGAUGACCCUAUUUUAUACUAAUAUCAUAAGUAAGUUGGAUUGAAUAUGAAUCUCGAGGAGUUGAUAGAUUUAAGAGUUUAAGCACAAUAUGAUUAUUGUAAAUUAAAAAAAUCAGAAAGCUAAAGAUUGCCAGCAAUGGUGAGUAUCAUCACAAAGGAUAUUGAAUAGUAUGUUAAAAAUAACUCUUCAAUUGAGGCUGGCAUUGAUUUAUUAUGUGUUAUUGAUAAAAGUGGAAGUAUGGAAGGGAAAAAGAUAGCAAGUGUUUAAUAAUCUCUUGUCCAAUUAUUAGAUUUUCUAAGUGAAAAGGAUAGGUUAUGUCUCAUAACCUUUGAUGGAAGUGCUCAAAGACUUACUCCUUUAAAAACUUUAACACAAGACAAUAAAAAUUAUUUUAAAAAAGCCAUAUACUCUAUUAGAGCUAGUGGAUAAACUAAUAUAGCAAAAGGAACUGAGAUUGCUUUUAAUCAAAUCCAAUAAAGAAAAAUGAAAAAUUAAGUUACUUCAAUAUUCUUAUUGUCAGAUGGUUAAGAUUAGGGUGCAGCUGAGUACAUCUAAAGGUAGAAAGAUGUAGUUGAGGACAUAGUUACCAUUCAUUCAUUUGGAUAUGGAAGUGAUCAUGAUGCUGCUUUAAUGUCCAAAAUCUGUAAAGUAGGGCAAGGAAGUUUUUAUUAUAUUGAAGAUGUGAAAUUAUUAGAUGAAUUCUUUGCAGAUGCUUUAGGUAGAUUAUCUUCUGCUUUGGCAGAGAAGGUCUAGAUAGAUAUUAAGUGUGCUCCUUUCAUCCCUUUCCAAGAUAUAAAAAUCUAAAAAACCUAUGGCGAUAUGUGGAAAUAGAUAGAAUAGGAAAGACUUUACUAAAUCAAAAUUCCUUAAAUCGCAUCAGAUUCCAGGAAGGAUUAUGUCUUUGAAAUAGCACUCCCACCUUAUAGUGAAUAAAUCCUCGAUGAAUAAAGAGUCCCUCAAGUAGUUCAAGUAUUUUUGUAAUUCAGCAACACAUUUUCAAAAUAAGUUUACUAAAAGGUUUCCUUCUUAUAACUUAAAUUGUACAACGAAGAUGAACAAAUUGGAUAGAACGAUGCUAAUGCAGAUGUCACUAGAGAAUUCUUACGGGUUUAAGCCACAGAGGCUAUUGAUUUAGCAAGAAUGAAAUGCGAAUAAUCAAAGAAUGAAGAAGCUGAACUGUUGUUAGAAUAAAUGAAAUAAAACAUUCUAACUGAUGAGAAAUUUGCUAAAGUCUCUGCAUAAGCAAUUAAUGAUAUUGAUUAAGCUAAAAAUGCUAGUAAGAGAAAGAAUUAUGUUAAUUUUGGAAUGAAAUAAAUGUAUUAGAUGUCAGUGAACAAUUACUAGUAGGAAGGGUUGAAUGCUCAAUUUGAUUUACAAGGAAAAUAGAUGCAAUAGCUUGAUCAAGGGAAGUUUUAAAAUAAGAAACAACUUAAGAUGGUUUAAGAAGUGUAGAAAAGAAAACCUUGA